AUGUCAAGGAAGUGGUGUCCAUUCUGCAAGGUUUGCAGUUCCAUUGAACUCUGUUCGGUGCACGAAAUGCCCUUCGAUAUGCAAAAGCAUUACCUCUCUAUACUUGUUGACUACAUCCUUCUUGCUUUAUUUGGUGAGAAAGUUUAUGAUAAUGGAGAAGACGUAUUUUACGUUCAUGCGAUGCUUUAUCCUGGUGUCUGUAUCCAGUGA